GAGAGAGAGAGAGAGAGAGUCAGAGGGAGAGAGCGCGAGUGGCGUAGUGCAUUUCGGAAGUAUGAAGAGAUUUCAUGAGACAUGCGACAUUAUUUCGUUUCCUCGGUGGCGCAAAUCAUCAUUCUGAGGAAGAUCACGCGUUUCAAUACACGCGUAGAUGAUCUCGUAAGACUCUGACCGUCUUUUACGCAUCCUACUGUGAGCUGUCUCAAGAGCGUGUCAGAGCGUGUGAGCUGGCGUGAGCCGUGAGCGUACAGUGUCUGCGCCUAUGCGUUUCCAUUCGUCGCGCGCUCAUCUACCAUCUACGUAGUAGGGGCAGUGGAGGGGAGAACAGCGGUGCCGGUAGCACUAGUUGUUGGAGAGAGACGUGAGGAGGUUUCGUGCGAGAGAGUGAGGUUAGCUUGUAUGUGUGCUCGCUUUCUCUCUCUCUCUCUCUCGCUCACUCGCUCGCUCUCCCUUUCCCUCACGCGCGCGUCAGAUCUUGGCUCCGUCCAGCUCCGUUUCGCUCACUCUCUCCCCAUCUCGCGCGCGCGGGACUGUCGCGCUUCUUUUCUUUCUCUCUCUCUCUCUCUCUCUCUCUCUCUCUCUCUCUCUCUCUCCUCUCUCGCUCUCGUGUGCGCGCUUGUCGCUCGUUUGUGUUUGUUCGCUCACUCGCUCGCUCGCCCGUCCGCCCGCCCGCCCGUCGGCUGGCGCGUGCGCGCGCGCAUUAACGGAAUUUGCGAUCGAGCACGCAGGGACCACCGACUAAUGUUUAAAUGGACGCAUCGUCCAUUAUCACCCAAGUGUCGCAGGAUGACGAGUUAGGUGCGUUCAACAGCGAGAAAGCCCAGUUACCUCGAGAAAAUGAAGCAGUCAACAAUACUUUGUCGAAUAACAAGAAGCCAAGGGGACGUGGGCUCUUACGCUCACUGUUCUGUUGCUUUGGAAGAGGCCGUAAUGGUAGUUCAAAGAGCUCCAAGGCGAGUUCUUUACAGGGUGAGGGACGUGGGUCGCCACCACCUGGCACUGGAUCUCCGAGAUUUCUCCUACCACCAGUUAGGCACCAAGACAUGCACAAAAAGUGCAUGGUAAUCGAUUUGGACGAGACUCUGGUGCAUAGUUCUUUCAAACCUAUCAACAAUGCAGACUUUGUUGUUCCUGUAGAAAUUGACGGUACGGUACAUCAAGUGUACGUCUUAAAGAGGCCUUACGUGGACGAGUUUUUGCAGAGAAUGGGUGAAUUAUAUGAAUGUGUAUUGUUCACUGCAAGCUUAGCUAAGUAUGCCGACCCAGUGGCAGAUCUGUUAGAUCGGUGGGGGGUAUUCAGAGCAAGGUUAUUCAGAGAAUCUUGUGUGUUCCAUAGAGGAAACUAUGUUAAGGAUUUGAACAAAUUAGGACGGGAUUUACAGCAGAUCAUUAUUGUAGAUAAUAGUCCUGCCAGUUACAUUUUCCAUCCAGAUAAUGCGGUUCCAGUAGCAUCUUGGUUUGAUGACAUGACGGACUCCGAGCUACUGGAUUUAAUCCCCUUCUUCGAAAAGCUCAGCAAUGUGGAAAACAUCUACACGGUUCUGUGUAAUAGCAAUCAUCCUUACAAUCAGAUACCGGCGCACGCGGUGCAGAGCAAUCAGAGCCUGCCGACUUCAAUUUCAAUGGCUGCUUCCUAGCCCCACCUGAAUCCUGGCAAUGCAGCCAGUCUUGUUGCUCAAUGCACCUUGCAGAGGAUUCUGAGGGGACUGCUUCAUAUGACCCACUUGCUAUGUGGCGAAGAACCUCGAAAUGCCCCUCCUCGUUGAUAUUUGGAAAAACCGCUCCGAUCAGCGCAGCCAAAUGUCUUAUAUCUUGAAAAGUGCAUCAUUUAAGUCACAGCUGCUGAUAUCCUUCUUCCUGGUGAGCAACGUAACGAAGACUGAAUCAGCUUCGAAGCGCGAGUGUUCUUCCAUUUUGCACCAAGCAUAAAAAAAUGACCAACUAUAUCGAUCCUAUCUGCAUUGGCAGAUUGAAAAUACUGUCUGUAUUCGAUAAAAGAACAUAGCGAAGGAUGGAACCAGGAAUUUCUGUCAAGCAGAAAAGUUAAUUGAUCGCUAGAGAAAAGAAAGCGAUGGUUAGGGUGACUGCCUAUGGUGAUUGUAUACUGGAAAAAUGUUAAGUGUUAAAAAAGAAAAGAAAGAAAGAAAGAGCGAAAGUAUGAAGAGAAAAAAGAAGAGAGAUCGCUCCGAGUCGUUUGAUGGGCCAUGCUAUGCAUUGUUGCCGUAUAGUUUUUCUAUUCGAGU